AUGGUGGUACUGCGCCAGGUCCCACCCCAGGGAACUGGCGAGGGCGCCGGGCGCUGUCAUUCCAGCUCAGGAGACCAGCUGCAGGAGCCUUCCCAGUACCUGUGCCGUGCCUGCCGCUGCCCCAGGGGAGCCGGGGAGCAAUGUGAGGGCGGCCCUGCUGCCCAGGGCGGGACCUGUUUCCUGCUUGUCUCCUGCCCUCACGGCCCAUCACUCAGCACCCAGUCACCCCUGCAGCUUGCUAAGAGGCUGGUCUCUUCCCCGCGGCGGUCUGCACAGGGCAGAGUGAACUAG